AAAAAAAAAAGGAAUUACUGGAAUAACAGUAUAUAGAAUUUUAUCGGUUUAUUCCGCAAGGUAUUUUAUUCAGCCUUUAGAAAUGGAUUCUAAAAAAACCUUUGCUUUGUUUUAAAGUAUGUCAUGAUUUAUAUCCUUCUGGAUGUUUCAUGAAUCAUUCAGGAUUACAAUCUUUCCUUCCAAAUAUUGUUGAUCGGUAAUUUUCUCGAAAUGCAUCCUAUGCAUUCCAGUAGCAACACUCACUGAGCUGUUUCUAAUUGAAACGUUAUCAUCGAUUUCGCCGUUUUAUAUUAGAGAAUGUGUGGGUUUCUGUAAAAUGCAUAUUGGAUUUCAUGCUAGCUCUUCACCAGCUACUAACUAUAAUUCUUUUUCUUUAUUCUUUAAUUUCUUGAUUCUUUUUUUAUUAUUUUUUAUACAUCUCGUCUUUGAAGAUUAAAUCAUGAAUUCAACCUCGAAUGCAUGUCUACGCAAUUAUUGAGCAGCGUAGUGAAAUUGUUUCGAGCAUACUCCCGUAUCGUUCGUAUUUUCUCAUUUCCAACGAUUUCUAUUGAAGGACAUUUGACUAUGGUAUCGUGAAAGCAUCAAAAAACAGAAGCAUGAAUCCUUUCAAUAGAUAUCAAAUAGAUGCGAGACAACGUUCUGUCAAGUAUCCAAUGUAACUGCUUAUUUUAAAACACUUAACUAAGCUUUGAAGAAAAUGACUAUCAUGAUCGUUCUAAUUAACUGGAAUUUUACAUUUCCUUCUUCACGACGUUACGUAUUACUUGCUCCAAAGCCGGCUACUCUGAACUGAUUACUGCUUGUAUUAUAUUUUUAAUUUUAUGCUAAUUAUCCUUAAAACUUUCUCCUAGAGAAAAAAAGACAGUUAUCUUAUAAACGAUAUAUUUCAGUAUAAAGCGAUAUAUUCCAUUAAUCAAGCUGUAAAGUGCAAAAGCUCAUAGUACUAUCGCCUCGCUUCUUCAACCUAAAAAGUACUUAAAACUUUUUCACUCUUAUAACUGAUUUCUUACAAUCUUUUCCUUUUUAUUCAACGUUUCAUUUUUUGCUAUAUUUCUUUUUUAUAAAAGUAUUGCUUUUCAUGUCUUCUGCACGUGCAAUAACCAACUUUCUGACAAAAUAUAAGGGAAGACUUCAUACACCGGAUUUUGGUGCCUAUUGUUUUAACAAAGAAAAACCUGUGUCUUUCCUCCAUGAUAUACCUUUGUCUUCGCAAGAAGGAACAUUGAAUCUGGUUGUGGAAAUUCCUCGCUGGACGCAAGCGAAAUGCGAGAUUUCAAACUCAGUACCCUUAAAUCCGAUUAUGCAUGAUAUAAAAAAUAAAAAAAUUCGAUACGUUCAAAACUGUUUUCCAUAUCACGGUUACAUAUGGAAUUAUGGCGCGUUUCCUCAGACAUUCGAGGAUCCAGUCAAGUUGGAUGCACGAACCAAUUUAAAAGGGGAUGGUGACCCAAUAGACGUGUGUGAAAUUGGAGGUUCUAUUGGAUACAUUGGCCAAAUCAAGCAAGUCAAGGUUUUGGGUGCAUUAGCUCUUUUAGACCAAAACGAAACUGACUGGAAGAUCCUAACCAUCGAUAUCAACGACCCGAUGGCUAAUUCUCUUAAUGACAUCGACGACGUAAAAAAGAUCAUGCCUCGUUUGUUAACCUGCACUCGUGAUUGGUUUGCAGUGUAUAAAAUUCCUGAUGGAAAAUCAAAAAAUACAUUUGGUCUUUCAGGAGAGUUUCUUCCAAAAAGUGUUGCUAAGGAAAUCAUUAACGAAUGCCAUACAAGCUGGAAAAUGAGUUCUCAAAGAGCUGAUCAUAUUCAUUCAUUCCUCACGAAUUCAGAAAAGGCUACCCAAAUUACCCAACAUUUAGAAGAAAGGAAGGAAAGCUCAUUCCCAGGAACUUCUUCUUUUCCCUCUAUUGGGUAUUAUUAUCAACUACGUGAAUAGGCCUUUUUGAUACUCACCUAAUUUCCUCCUUUAUUAUCCGAAAGAAUUCAAUUUCUUUUUUUUUUCCUUUUAAUUUUCUUUUCCUGUGCAUAUCCUUGGAUCCUCCAUAAAUACUUUUUUUGUUUUUUUGUUUUUUUUUGUUUUUGUUUUCGGAGUACAUUACCAUACUUGUUUUGAUGCCUGCGACAAUAUAAGGUGAUCUGAUCCAUUUAUACUGCGCUGUUCAUAAAAAAAGGCAUUCUGCUAUCACGAAAAGAUAGAACUGGAUUUACAAAAGGAGCAGCAUAAUUAUCCUCAAGUUGGGUGUUUACAGGUUCAUGUGCUAACACAUCCAUGUUGGAAGAACUAGCUGAAUAAUUUUUCGACUUAUAAUGCUUUCUGCUAUAGUCUUCAUUACAGAGAGGGCAAGAUGCUUUCGAAGUAGUCAUCCAAGUAUCUAUACAUUGAGCAUGAAAAAGAUGCCCACAAGGAAGGACACGUAAAUAAUCAGUAUAAUCAUAAUUUGCAUAGCAGAUUGUACAAAAGUCAUCUUCUUCUUCCUGGUUUGCAUCUUCCGCGUUCAUAGUGAUGUUCGCAUUGUCUUCUCUCGAACAACUUCCCUUUGGUUGACCAUAAUUAUCCAUUUCAUCGGAAACUUUUGAUUCAAAGGAGGAUUUUUCCGAAAAUUUUGUUGUCGAUGAAUUCAUUGACAUUCCUAAGAGAAAGGGGUCCUUGUCGAAAGUAUGUGAAAGUUUAUCAAUUGGAAGAUUAUCACUCUGCACAUUUUGUUUAUUUUUUUCUGCUCUUCUUUUAUAAAGCCAGUCUCUGUAGGUUACUACUGGAGAUAAAUAGCCUAGCUCAUUUUGGGAUAAUGUAGGAGGCUGUUGCCUAUGGCGAGGAAUGUUAUAACCUAACAUGUUGUGAAGUCUUUCUGUUGGGAAUGAAGUAGGAGGUCUUGAAGUGUUCAUCCUGUUCGUUUGAAUUAAAGGAAGAACAUCGUCAUCUUCUUCAUCAAAAUCGAGAAAAUGGAAGCAUGUUAAGCAGUAGCGACAAAUAUAUAUUAAUAUUAGGUUAAAGAAAACAACUGCAAAUAUGAUUGCAAAUGCGAAUGGCAAGACAUCCUUGUUUCCCUCCGAAGAAGUAUCUUCAUCCACUUUCAUGGAAUUAUGUCCCUCCAUUGCAGUCCCGUGUAUCUACUGCAAAAGUAGCAGGCUAAUUAUCUGUAAUAUUUUUGAUGGAAUCCUCAGAUUCAAAAUCUCGUAAGCAUGUAUGAUAAGGUACUCAUUGAAUUUGAU